GGGUGGCUCAAAGGUACGUUUUCAAUUCUCACGGCCUAAUUCUUCAAAAUAAAUAAACUCGAAGAAGACAAACUUCACAGCUUUAGGAGCCCAUUUAAGCGUCUGGGAUUAACCGCAGGUAUAGCAACGUUUCUCAAGUCCUAUGGGACGACUCAAGUUGUCGUCUUGGUUUGUAUCUAAUAUAAACACACACUCUGGCCCAACGCACAAGCCAGCUCUCAGUAUCAUAACUUGAUCUUCGCUGUCGUGGAGCAGCGGUGCUCCCGGAGCCCCAGAGGAGCGGGCUGGGUGUCGCUUGGCCUUUCCCCGCGGCGCUGCCCGGCUCCCGGCGCUGACGCUGCCCGCUGGGGCCGGCGCUGCUGCCGCCGGUCCCAAGAGGCCGGAGCGGCAGAGGCCGUGCACGUCCGUGCCGGCAGGGCGGGUCCAGGACCCGCGGACCGGCAGCACCGGCAGCCCCGCGGCGCGGCCCCGCACGUCCCGGGGCGGCCCUGCCUCGCCGGGCUCGUCCCCUCGGGGUCCUCGCGCCCCGGCGGCGGCGGCGGCGGCGGGAGGGGGAGGGGGCCGGCGCGCCCCGUGCGUGCCGCAGCCGGUCACGUGGGCGGCGGUAGCGGGGCGGCGAGCGGCGGGGCGGCGCAGCGGCAGCAUGGCGGCGGCGCUGGGCGGCCUGGGCCUCCUGCACGGCCGAGUCAGGCUGGCAGCCGCGGCCGCCGCGACCUCCUCCCUUGGCCGGCCCGGCCGCCGGGCGCCCGUGCGAGGAGGCGCCGCCGUCGCUCUCCCCUCGGCCGGGAGGAGCUACGGUUCCGAGGCGAAGGAAGAGGAGGAGCUGCGGGUCCGGUACCUGGAUGACGAGCACAAAGGAAUUGUGGUGCUUGGAUUAAACAGAUCUCAUGCCAAGAAUGCACUUAACAAAAAUCUUUUAAAAAUGAUGUCAAAAGCUGUGGAUGCUUUGAAAUCUGAUAAGAAAGUACGAACUGUUAUAUUCCGGAGUGAAGUCCCAGGGAUAUUCUGUGCUGGUGCUGACCUUAAAGAAAGAGCAAAAAUGCACUCAAGUGAAGUUAGUUCUUUUGUCUCAAAAGCAAGAGCAACUAUUAAUGAAAUGGCUAAUCUGCCGGUACCUACUAUUGCUGCAAUAGAUGGAGCUGCAUUAGGUGGUGGCCUAGAACUUGCGUUAGCCUGUGAUAUAAGAGUGGCAGCCUCUUCUGCUAAAAUGGGCCUAGUUGAAACAAAGUUGGCCAUCAUUCCAGGUGCAGGAGGGACACAGAGAUUACCUCGCACAAUUGGAGUGUCUUUGGCAAAAGAACUCAUCUUCUCUGCACGUAUUGUAGAUGGCAAGGAAGCAAAAUCAAUAGGAUUGAUUAGCCAUGUGGUAGAACAGAAUGAAGCAGGGGAUGCUGCAUACAGAAGAGCAUUAGCUCUGGCAAGAGAAUUUUUACCUCAGGGACCAGUGGCAAUGAGAGUUGCAAAACUGGCCAUCAAUCAGGGAAUGGAGGUCGACUUAGUAACAGGUUUGGCAAUUGAAGAAGCUUGUUACGCUCAGACUAUUCCAACAAAAGAUAGAAUUGAAGGUCUUCUUGCAUUUAAGGAAAAGAGACCUCCUCGCUACAAGGGAGAAUAAAAGAAGCUGAUGCCUUUUAAAAUACAAGGGGAUAAUACUGCUAUGAGGACCAUUAAGGUGCACUUUGCAUCCACACCUGGAAUAUCACAGCCACCAAAGUCACAGCAAAUCAUACUGAUGUUACAGCGUUUUGAGUGUGUCCAUGCUUGUUCUGGACCCAGAUAGAAAUGUGUUUCAACUCAUGCUAUUUACAAUUUCUGAAGGUUCUUCUGUGUAUUGGCAAGAUCACAGGUUCAUGCAGCAUUUUUAAAAUUUCAUAUGUAUGAAACAUAGCAUUCCACAGUUGAAAAAGCUCUGUAAAUUCUUUAUAUAGACAAAACCUAUAUGUAAUGUUAAGUAUAAAUCUGCUGUAUCAUUUUAUCAAAAGAAAAGUGACUACUGAACACCUAAAAUAAGAACUUGUACCAAAUAUGCAUUAAAAUGAUUCUGUAUAUCAGUAAAAAUUAUAUUUGAGUAGUCUACCUGAAUAUGUACAUUAUUAAUAAAGCUAAGGGAAAUGAAAAGGAUUAUUGUUUGGAAAAUAUUAAGCUUUAUUUAUCUGACUUACACUAUUCUCAGUAAAACAAAAUUAACUUUAGCACAUAAAACCAUCCUUUUAUGAAGUCAUUGCCAUUAUAUUCAUUUAAUUGUAUUAAAUGAAGACAUUUUCGAGGCCAGCCUUUAAUUGUGCAUUCUUGUAUGUUAAACCUGGCUUUGUCUUGCAUUCUUUCAACAUAUCAUCUGAUCAGCGCUGUCUGCUAUGAAGGAACUUUACUUCACUUGCCCCAGUUAUUUUAAAUUUUCCAUGAUUGUAUUAAAGAUUGUUGAGCAGGGAUGUGACUAAUGCACUGUUAAAGACACUAGAAUUCUCUUAAUUUCCAGAAUAUUCCUUUUGCAGGUCCUAAUAACAUAUAUUUAUAUACAACAGGGAUGAUAUUGAAAUGUUCUUUAUUCGGUGGUGGCCUCAGGGUUCUUUUCAUACAUUGAAAGAGAAAUCCAGUAGGUUGCGAGGUGAGAAAACUGUUGUGAUUCGUACUGUAUAUUUGCUGUGGACAUGGCAUAUACAGCAAAUGUCUGGAAAUAACCUCUUAGAAAGUAUUUUUGUUAACUUGACUGGAAAAUAAACAUGCUUUAGCAGUCA